CUCAUGUACCCCUCAGAAGGCGCAAGAGAAACUCAUUUCCCAGGAUUUGAGUGCAGCCAUCACUUCGUUGUUGAGUUCUCUGAUCGAUGUACUUAAAACCGCUGUUGUCGGACCUUCAUACUUACGUAUAAGUUAGGAAGCAUGGAGAAUUGUGAAGAACUAUUUUGGACAAAGCUUUUCCCGCCAAUCUAGGAUGUCGUCAGAUCUUUAACAAUGAAGAUUCUUAUUCUAUCCUACCUUCGAUCAUGUGGAGGUAUUUCCCAUUCAGGUUCAGGAUGUUUCAGAUGGAUAUAGUGAAUUGGUCACCCUGAUGGGAAUAAAAGCACCCUUUUUGGUUUUUAUUUUUUGUAGCAUUCCAAUAGGCGUUGUUCGAGCUGGCAUACCACCAUUUCAAUUAACCCAAGCUACGUCAAGACCCAAGCGCCCAGAAAAUCUGACUCCUGAUGAAAAAGUAAAGAUUUUAUUUGAGCGUGGUAAUCCUGUUGCUGCUGUGCUACAAUUUAUUGAAAAUAUUUAUUACUCGCAUCAAAAUGGUUCCUGUCGUAAAACAUCUUUGGCAGAUUUCUCCAGUAAUGGGUUUGAAUGGCAUUUACCUUCAAAAUUCACAAACACUUUUGAAAAACAGAUGAAAUCAGCUGUCAAAACUGCCAACAUCCUCAACCAUUAUUUUCUUAAGGCCCCUAAUGACACAGAGAUUAAUCAUCUUUUCUUCUAUUCAUUGGUAAAAGCUAACGUGGAAAGUGAUCCUUCACUGACAAGCAGUAGCAUUGUCCUGACAUCGGAUUCAGGCGAUUUCUUUAUACCGUUCACCAACAGAAGAAACGAUGGGUCGAUUAGAACACAAAAUCUAGGAAGUUCAUCUCUGGAUCGAUGGUCAGGCAACGAUUGGUUCUGGGUUCUGGAAACAGGAAACUAUUCAGAGCUUUUUGGUCAAGUCGGAAAUGGCACUGAUCUAGUCGUAACAACAGAGGAUGGCUAUUGGACUUCACCCUACAUCGAUUGUAAUUUCACCACCAAGUGGCAAAUUACAUAUAGUGUCCCAUUCUUUACCAGAAACGCCGAUGAGCUUUAUUUCAAGGGCGUCGUCGCUGUGAGUUUGCCAUUCAGUGGUGUAGACAUUGAUCAGUGUGAUGGGGAUUCUCACUUCUCUGCCUUUUCCUCCUCUCACCAUUGUGAUUUUUCUACGACACAGUGUGUGCCAACGUCUGGUAAAGGAUUCCGCCGCGGCGCUUACAGAUGUUACUGCAAGCCCAAUUUUUACCAAGCAUCUGCUGAUACGCAACGACGGGAUUAUUAUGAUGGAGAAGUUAUAGAAGAGGCAUUUGUCGAGAAUGUACUCAACGAACAAAACAAAUUUUCCAAUAAUUUUCAGUGUUUGCCUUGUCGUGUAGGAUGUGAUGUCUGUUUUGGUGAUCAACCUUGUUAUGUUGAAUACGACCUAAUGUUGCGAAGUGUUGUACUGUGCUUCCAAAGCUUCUGCAGCACUCUUGUUGUUAUUCUUAUUAUUGUCAUUUUUGUUCUGAGAAAGAGUCCAAUAUUUUCUAGUGUUAUGUGGCUGAUGCACGAAGCAAUACUGAUUGGAGCUCUUCUUCUCUAUCAGACAGUUAUUAUUCGUUAUUUUGAGCCAACUAUUUUUACUUGUAUGAUAGAACCUUGGUUUCGUGGUCUAGGUUUUGCAAUUUGUUAUGGAUCUAUAGUUCUUAAAAUUUACAGGAUAUUAGCUGAAUUUCAAACACGAAAAGCUCACAGAGUCUGUGUACGAGACAAGGAUUUGCUCAAGUAUCUUUUAGGAAUCAUUACUGUAGUUAUUGGGUACCUUCUUGCUUGGACUGCCGUAAUAAUAGAUAAUAUGACUGAAGGAUAUAGUGUAAUAGUUCAUGAACAGACAUCCACUGGUCUCAAAUAUGAUAUGUGCCGUGGCCUUUGGUGGGAUUAUGUUACAGAAGUCGGUGAACUCUUAUUUCUGGUAUUUGGCGUGUUCCUUACUUAUAAAGUUCGAAAUGCUAAAUCAGACGUAUUGCAUGAAAAAGAAGUGCUAUGUUGGUCUGUCUACAUUGAAGCUCUAGUAUCACUGCUCAUGUAUACUAUCAGACAUGUUGUGUGGUCCAAUCUGUUGCCAGAUUACAUUUACCUUUUAUAUUUUCUUCGUUGCCAGUGCACUGUCACUAUAAUCUUGUUUUUCAUCUUUGCACCAAAACUGUGGUACCACGCCCGUCCCCCAGAAGAAUACCAAACAGGACGUCAACUUUCAUCCUGUGGUGAUGUACGUGACGUACCCGAAGCUGUGAAAUUACAGGAAGGGGUACAAUGUACAGCAAAUGGUGAGAUAGAUGUUUCAGAAGUGAAUUUUGCUGAUAUGGAUCCUGAGGAAAUUCGAAAUGAACUCCGCAAACUCUAUACUCAACUACACAAUAUGAAACAAGUAUCAAUGCGCAAAGGUAAUCCUCACAUCUCCCGACGUCGAGGUGGACGGAAAGGCACGCAUCGCAAGUUUUCCUUGCAAACAUUUCACCAUCGACAUAAGCAAAGCCAACAUGACCAAGAAGUAACAGAAAUUUCUAAAACUCCGGAGGAAUCUGUAGCCAGUGCUGAUGGUACUACGGACAAUGCUUCGAUUCGCCAACUUGAUGAGUCGCACAAUAAUGCUGGUACUCCAACUGUCACUUUUAAAGACGAUCAAAAGUGACUAGAUGCUAGUUUUAAAUUAUUAUCAAAUGUCCAACGGUUUCACUUACCGUUAGUACGAUCUAUUUCAGAUCUUGGAGCGAGAUUAGAAAAGAAAAAACAAAGCAUUAAAAAUUCCAAACGCUCAACUAUUUGUUCACUAUUUGCAUCAUAAAGUGGAACACAGUUUGAUGAGACUAUGUAUUUACUACAUCAAUUUGAUGUAUGUAACUACAUGCUUUAUUCUCCACUUAUAAAGAGCUCUGAUCAAGCUUUUUUCGUUCAUACAAACUGGAAUAUUAUCUUUAUAUUUCUUUACACAACUAUGCUAAGAAGGCUCUUUAAAUUGUAUUUUAAUUUUUCGUUAUGUUUAGUCUCAGUUAAUGUUGAUAUAAGCAAUGUGAUGUUAUUAUAGAAUCUCUUGAUAUUGGACGGUUGGUGAAAGUAUUUUUAUGAAUGAAUUUAACCGUGUUAAUUUAAUGUUGAGAAAGAUGAAAAAAUGAUUAUUCAAGAAUGUGAUGAGUAAAUCCUACCAAUUUAAAUUGGUGAUGGUUGCAGUCAAUGUUAAAGCUUGUUUAAAUAGUUGUAACUAAUAUAUACCGAGCUAUUGUUGUUUAUAUGUUAAAUUAUUAUGUUCCAUUUAAGAGAACAAAAUAUAGUGAAAUUCUAUUUAAAGAAAAGUGGGAACUAAUUAUUAGUAAAACACAGUUUUAAAAAACCCCAUUGUAUUUUCUUAAAUUAAUUAUCAAACAUUUACUGAGAUUUAAUAAAAUAUUGAAUUAUUUUGGGACAUGAAAUAAGUUAAUUUGGUUUGAAUAAAAAUUUAAAGGCUUCUUUAGAGAUAUUAUUACUCUGUUACAGUGACUUUUGUUAUCAAAUUAACACUCUGAGGUAGCACAAGAAUCAGGCAGGGUGUAGAUUAAGAAUCUUUAAUACUUCACACUUUCUUCUUGCACAAUAUCAAAAGGAAAGGGGGAAAAAAUCCCUUUGGGACACACGAAAUAAAUUUUUCUUUUGUAGAAAGAUAUUCAUAGAUUUUCUAAACUGCGAAGAAAAACAAAAACACAAAGAGCGGGAAUCUUCUUAAAAUAUAUGCUAUGGAACGGGUUUUUAUAAUUUCAUAAUUUUUCUCAGUAAAGACUUGUCACACACAACACUAUUAAAACACUUUUUUUUUCUCUUCCAGACAUGUGCAGCAUGUUAGCAGAGUGUUCAUUUAUUCAUUUCCAUCGUUUUGAGUCCAUGAGGGAAAGUUAUACCAUUCUGUUUCAUUCAUCUAGGAAAAAAUAUUCAGCAGUUUCAGUAGUUGAUAAAUUCCUUUGACAGCCUUGCUUUUAUGCUAGCAGUAGUUUCCUCUAAUAAUGGCGUUUCGAAACAUUUUCUGUUUUAUUCGUGGGUAAAACACUUACCACGCCCAAUUAAAACCAAUCCUGAUGACUAAACAUGAAGUACAUCGUCGAGUAUUAUGGCGCACAGAAAUCAGGCAGUGAAGACUCUUAAUUAUUUUUAUUAGUCUCAAAAUACAGUUGCGAAUCUGGAAAUUUAUGCAGAAGCAUACAUGCUCUAUUCUCUAUAUAUGGAAAAAGCUUUGCUAGUUUUCUCUAUUAUCUCCUUGCCAUAUGUUAAAGAAGGAAACAUUUUGUUCCAAUUGGCUCCCUUGACAUAAGUCACAAGAUUUCUUACAUUAUUAGGAGAAAAACUUAUUAUGAUAAUUACUUCUAAAAAUUGCUAGCACUUGGGUAUACAAAUCUAUUUUUAAUAGGAUAUGGAUGAAUAAUUAUCAAAA